UAACUGUCAAACAUCUCUUCAAUUUGGAGAUACACGGAAGAGAUCAGACAUGUCUUAGAAUUUGUUUGGAAGACUCAAAAUCUCUAGGCAAACCACUGUUCUUAAUCCAGCACAAAAUGUCCUUUUGAAAACUGCCUUGUACAUAGUCCCAGUAAUUGGCCUCUUGCCUACUCCAGGCAAAAAAAAAAAAAAAAAAAAAAAAAGCUCACUUUCAUAUCUAGGCGAAGAGGAAUCCUGACAGGCUAAAAAAGCUAAUAAUUGAUUUACUACCUAAAUUUUAGGAAAAUAAAAUGUUAGCAACAAGAAUAAGGUUUCCAAUUUAAAAGUCGAUUUACAUGAAGACAAAUGACUCAAGUAAUAAAUAAUUUACUUGAGAAUAAAAAAAAACAGGUAUGGUGGUGUUAGUAUCUUAAAGAUGAAGAAAUUAAGACUUCAAAUCUCAAAAUCUUACCAAGAAUAAUAGAUUUGCCCCCAAAUCACAUAGCUGGUACGUGACAGACAGCAAUCUCACUCACAUUUUUGAACUGCAUUUAUUUUCAGUACACAAAAUGACUGUGUAACAAACAAAUGUGCAAUUCUUCAUGCCAGAUUUCUCCAAAACAUGAAACAUACAUCCCACCCUCUUCUAAUUGCCUCCAUUUUGUUAGACUGGACACCCCAAAGCAUGCAUAUUGAUUUUCUGGUUGGCAUUUCCUCAUCCCUCUUUUUCACUCAUUUUGUAGAUGACUUUAGAGUCAUUGGUCCUGCUCAUCCUAUCCUGGCCAGGGUUGGGGAAGAUGUCCUGCUAACCUGCCAGCUGCUCCCCAAGAGGACCGCAAUGCACAUGGAGGUGAGGUGGUACCGCUCAGAGCCCAGCACACCUGUGUUCAUGCACAGGGAUGGAGUGGAGGUUACUGAGAUGCAGAUGGAGGAGUACAAAGGCCGGGUAGAAUGGAUAGAGGAUGGCAUUGCAGAGGGAAGCGUGGCACUGAAGAUAUACAACAUCCAGCCCUCCGACAAUGGACAAUACUGGUGUCAUUUCCAGGAUGGGAACUAUUGUGGAGAAACAAGCUUGCUGCUCAAAGUAGCAGGUCUGGGGUCUGCCCCUAACAUUCACAUUGAGGGAUCUGGGGAAAGUGGAGUCCAGCUUGUGUGCACUACAAGGGGCUGGUUCCCAGAGCCCCAGGUGUAUUGGGAAGACAUCCAAGGAGAGAAGCUGCUGGCUGUGUCUGAGCAUCACAUCCAAGAUGAAGAUGGCCUAUUCCAUGUGGAAACCACUCUUGUGGUCAAGAACGCCUCUGCAGAGUCCGUGUCCUGCUUCAUCUACAACCCUGUCCUCAGUGAGGAGAAGGGGGCAGUUAUCAGCAUCCCAGAGAAACUCCAGACUGAGCUGGCUUCUUUAAAAGUGAUUGGACCUUCCCAGCCCAUCCUUGUCAGAGUGGGAGAAGAUAUACAGCUAACCUGUUACCUGUCCCCCAAGGCAAAUGCACGGAGCAUGGAGGUGAGGUGGGUCCGAUCCCACCGUUAUCCUGCUGUGCAUGUGUAUAAGGAUGGGGACCAUGUAGCUGGAGAGCAGAUGGCGGAGUACAGAGGGAGGACUGUGCUGAUGAGUGACACCAUCGACGACGGCAGACUGACGCUGCAGAUACUCAGUGCCAGACCUUCAGACGACGGGCAGUACCGCUGCCUUUUUGAAAAAGAUGAUGUCUACCAGGAGGCCAGUUUGGAUCUGAAGGUGGUAGGUCUGGGUUCUUCCCCACUGAUCACUGUGGAAGGGCGAAAAGAUGGAGAAAUGCAGCUGAUGUGCUCUUCAGAUGGGUGGUUCCCACAGCCCCACGUACAGUGGAGGGACAUGCAAGGAAAGACAAUACCAUCAUCUUCCAAGGCCCUGACUCAAGGCAGCCAUGGGCUGUUCCACGUGGAGACAUUGCUACGGGUCACAAACAUCUCCACUGUGAACGUCACUUGUUCCAUCAGCAUCCCCUUUUUGGGCGAGGAGAAAAGAGCAACUUUUUCUCUCUCAGAGUCCAGGAUGACUUUUUUAUGGAAGACACUGUUUAUUUUGGGAUUGCUUCUUGCUGUGGCUGUAGGCCUGCUCAGGAGGAGGGGCUGAAAGAGUGAAUGUGACACUGGCUUCAAAUACAGCUCAUCUGAAACUGAUUUCUUCUGAACAAAACGAGAGUGUGAUCCAUGGACAUUCGGGCAGCCAGACGUCCCACAGAGAUCUGACUGUCUGCUCUGUGAGCCAGGGGCAACUCCUGUCAGGGAGCUGGUACUGAGAGGUGGAGGCCGGGGACAGGGUGCAAUGGGUCCCAAAGGUUGCCAAACACAUGUUGCAAUGAAAGGAGUCACCUCUGUGCCACCUGACAGUGAGUUUUAGGCAACAGAUUGCAAAAGAAAUAAGUACUGGGCCAUCACCUCUCUUCCAAGCCUCCUCUUCUUGAAGGUGGCCCCGAACAAAUCAAUCCCCCUGACCUUGCCUCUGAAUACCUCUCCUCUUGUAACGUGAUUGGCAAGUGCCCUAUCUUCACCUUCCCCAAAACUUCCUUCUCUGGGACUCCACAGCCCUCUUCAUUCUUUGGUUCCCUAAUGUAGGUUCUCUGGAUGUUUUUUCUGUACCCACAAGAACAUCUCCAACAUAUCCAAGGAAAACAACAAUCUGGGAUUCUGGAAACCAAAAUGAUAUUGAGUCCUGAUCGCUUUCUCCUUUCUCUAACUGCUUGAAGGGGGCUUCCAUGAUCAUCAGCAUACCAAGUCAAGGGUGCUUUAAUUCUACUCAGGAAAAUCUGCUGGAGACUGAUCCCUUCGGAGACCUAUUCUGUCCCAGGUUCUCUGGGAUUCAGCCUACCAAUCACGAUCUGACAUCUGAUAAUCAAGGAACCUUAGAAAAUCCCAUGGGAAAUAUAGAUUAGCCUACGGGAAGAAAUGAAAGGAAUAAUCAAGAUU